AUGGGUGAUUCACAUCUUACGCGCUAUGGAUGGCAACUAAACUACUGGUCCAAACAGGGUGUUCCGUGCCGUUACCCUAAAAGCUUAUUGUCUUAUAUAAUACAACCAUAUGCCUACGAAAAAAUAUCAAUGGACAUGACAUCAUUACAAAAACAUGGCAAAGUUUACGGCUCAUUUUAUAAAGGCAUACCUGUACUCAACAUUACCGAACCUGAACUAAUCAAACAAAUAUUUGUCAAAGAUUUCUACCGUUACCGAAACAACAAUAAAGACAUUGUGCCGGCUGUACGACUGCAUCCCUGGCUCAGUAACAAUGUUAUUGUCAAUCGAGACGACCAGUGGAAACGGGUCCGAUCAGUCAUAUCGCAGACAUUUUCAACCGGCAAACUCAAGACUAUAUUCCCAGUGAUGAACAAGUCUAUCAACAACAUUAUCAAUGAAUGUCUGGGCAGUCUGUUGGACAGCAACGGCGAUGGACAGGUAGAUAUGGAACGGUUGGGUAAUGUCAUAUCGAUUCGGGUGACUAUGAGCUGUAUCUACGGAGUUAAGUUGGACAUUGCCGACAAUGAACUGGUUAAACACUGUGACAACAUGUUUGUUUAUGAUGAGCUCAAAUUGUUUAUUUAUAAUAUGCUACCUGAAUGGAUGCAUCGGGCGUUUGGUAUGGUGCACCCGGUUGAAUGGUCUAACAGAUACUUUAUCCAUAUAAUUGACAAAACAAUUCAAAUGCUAAUUAACAACAAUAAUAACGAUACUAAUUGUGUAAUGAAUUGGUUGAUUAAAUCGCUGAAGACAAAUGAAAACUCAGAUAUAAAAUACCAGCACUUGGAGUUUAAUGAACUGCUGCCCAACGGUUGGCUACUGAUUGUCGCCGGUUUCAAUGCAACGGCCACUACACUGAUGUACACAAUGUAUGAGUUAGCCAUCAAUCCAAACAUACAGAAGCGUCUAUACGAGGAGAUAGUGGCAAAAACCGGUGACGAUGUGGACGGUAAGCUUAGUUAUGAGAUGUUAUUGGAUAUGCCAUAUCUGGAGGCUGUUAUCAAAGAAACACUGCGAGUGUAUCCACCCAUCUUCGAGAACGGCCGCGAAGUGUCCAUAGAUUCAACAAUAGGCGACACCGGGAUUGUCAUGAAAAAGGGUACAUACAUCAGGUUUAAUACCUAUGCUGUACACCAUUGCGCCGACUAUUUCCCGGAGCCCGAAAAGUUUCUUCCGGAACGAUUUCUACCUGAAAACAGGGAUCACAUCAUACCGUACACAUACCUGCCCUUUAGUGACGGUCCGCGCAAAUGUGUGGCCAAUCUGUUUGUAUAUAUGGAAAUCAAACUGGUUUUGAUCAACAUUUUAAAACGCUAUGAGCUCUACCAGUGUCCCAAAACUGACGUUCCCAUCCGGUAUAUCAAACACAGCAAAGUACUGGCACCGGAACGGGUAGUAUUGGGUGUUAAACAUAGAUAUUGA